AUGGAAGACUCGAAGCAACAUCUUCGCGAUCAUCUCAUAGGUCAUAUUCCAGAUAUCAUGAAAGGCCUCCUUCAGGAAGUUGGUUCAACUCCAAUUCGAAUACUUGGUGACACUCCCAACAAAGCUCUGGACUCCGAAGAUUAUUUGGAAUCUAUACGCCCAUUUGUGUCAAAGGUUGAGGAUUCCCUUCGUCAACAUCGCCCAGACUGCCAGACAUGCUUCCUCGCUGUAGCCAUAUACCCCGGGCGUCACUCCUAUUUCGUGGUAGACUUUAACAAUGCCCGUUAUGACUAUGAUACUGCACAACACGACAAGAGUCGGGUACCUGCCUACGUUCUUCGACUAUCUCUGAAAAACCCUAGGAUCUACAGGAAGGAGCCCCUAGACAAGACGCUGGCUGAAAAGCUUGCAGAGUUGCACAAUUCGCAUGGCCGAGAACCGUUGCCUUUAUUUGAUGAUCACAACCAGAGGCGUUGUUAUGCGAGUCCCCGCAGCAUUGAGCAUAUUCUGGGUUAA